GACAGAGAAACAAGCGAGCGAGCGACGGGGUCGCGGCGACUCGAAGAACCCGGCUUCAGAAACGAACAGGGAACCGUCGCGAGUGUGUGACGUUGGCGCGCCGCCUAGUGUGAUGUUAGGAGAAAAGAGGGGAAGAGAAAAAAAAAACGGAAGUCCUGCUGCAGUUUUUAGAGCGAUAAUAAUAUACCGCCUAUGCAAGCCCGGUGUGAACGGUCAUUGUGAAUCGCGGUGUAUCGGGUUUCGGGGAAAGAUAUUGUAAUAUAUCUAACAUAAAGAGUGUGUUCGUUCAGUCGUCCGGAGUAGAGUGGCGGAGUUGUCUUGUAUUUUUCUUCGCUCCCUCUCGCUACUACUGCUCCGUGGUUAUCCGAUAAUAACAAUAGUGCGUCAAUCACGUGUCCGGAAACCAGUGGGCCCCUCCACCUCCCCUCCCUCUUCCCGAUCGCCGAUCACCGAGAACGUUUGCUGAAUAAACGGGGAAUAAGCUGUUGCGCGUAUGCGGCGUAAGAAGAAUUGAGAGAGAGGGAGAGAAGAGGAAGGAAAGAAGAGAGAAAGAGAGCGUGUUGGACGCGCUGUGGAUACGGAGAGAGACGGAGAUAGGAGAGAAAGAGCCGGGGCAAAGCAGAGCAGAGUGUGCACUACCAACUAGCAGUGAAGUGAGUGUCCCGAAGCAGCAGCAGCAGCACCGAGCAGCCGCCACGAGAUCCACGCCUCGGUUACACCGACAUGGCCGCCGAGGCCAGCUGAAAUUAUCAAGCGAUACGUACCGUCGUCGUUCCCGUUCGUUGGCUCGCCGCAACGUCCUCCUCCUCUCCUCGUUGUUAUGCUUCUUUUCUCGGGCAAACUUAUUGUUGGUAGCUUAUUUCCAGAUACGUACGCAACUGAUUCACGGACGUGAACGGGACACGUGCCCUUUGUAGAAAACUCGUCGUAGGAAACUGUUCACCUCUGACAAUCCUGCGUUUAUAUUUUAUUUUCUUUCCAUCUCGCAACGAUAUUUUCUAUCGUCUGUCGACCGACCACCUUACUUACGGAUCCGUGUCGAAGAGAAGAAACAGCGGACAACGGAUACGUUUGUUAAUACAAGAGAUAAACGCAUGUGUUGUAACGAUACGACGCCGAACGAAAGGGAUCGUCGUCGAGUUUAUUGUAACGAAUCUCUCUAUCUCGUACAAAUGCGCGAGUGUUGGAUUCGUCGUGAGGAUCCCGUGUGCGGUAACCGUGUGUGCUUAAUAUUGCUCGGUUGAUUAUUUAAACUAUUGCAACAUUAAUAUAACACGUUCGUUCGGACACAUGUAGACGUGAAAAACUACGUCGUCUAACGUCUCUCUCGCUCUCCUGUACAUUCGAACAAUGCAAGAGAGUUGAAAUAAGGUGGUUAAAUCGUAUACCCAGUUAUAAAACGUCAUACACGGUGUAUAAUAACAACACGGGUCAAUCGAGAAAGAAAGAGAGAGAGACAGGGAGGAGUGAUAAAACAGGCAAUAGGGGAAGAAGAAGCAGCAGCAGCAGCAGUAGAAGAUAGUAGUAGUAGUAGUAGUAAAUGUACGAGAAGAAUUUAUUCUCGCAUUCGCUACGGGAAAGAAAAAGGUCACUGCCAUCGAGACGUCUCCUCAGCCAACGGUGCGUGAAAAGUUUAAGAGCCGGAGAGCGAGUAUAGCUGUUCCCAUCUUUGGAAGUGAAACAAAAAAAAAAAAAAAACAAAAAGAAAAAUAAGCAAAAGAAUAAAAUAACUAAUAACUGAAAAUAUGGUAUAAAUAUCGAGAAGGGAAAAACAAAAAAUAAAAAAAUAAAAAAAACGCGUCGAGUACCGAAGAAUAAUAACAAAAAGGUUCGCGGAACCUUCGUCGACCCCUGUGACUCCCCUCUUCUCCGCUCCUCCUUCGUCCGACUGGUCGCCCUUCCCCCCCCCCAUCCCUCGAUAUCGCAAAGGUAGUGGCAGUGUACGUGUGGUAGUGGUGACGGUGGCGGUGGCAGUUGGCAGUGCGCUGGUGGUGGUGCCGGUCGGUCGGUUCGGUUCUCUCUCUACGCACUUGGGGGAACGAGCCCAGAGUCGAGUCGAGUCGAGCCGAGCUGCCGAGAGAAGUUUUUGGCGUGUGUAAAUGUGCGCGCGUGACACGAAUAUAUACGGUGGUGUGGGAAAGAGAAGCGACGAGGACCGACGACGCGUAUGUACGCCCGGUUAUUUCUGUUACUUGUGGGGACGGCGUCGUGUUAAAAUAAGCGGUGAAUGAAGCGGCCUGUUGACUGCCGGCGGCGCGGCUUACGCGACGAAUCGAGCGACGACGAAACUACUACGGGGGACGAGGGCGCGAAACCGGACGCGGAAACACCCUCGACGGAUAGUUCGGAGGAAGUUUAACGUCGCGUUUCAUCGUCGUUACGGAGAGUCGAGGAGACCUCGAGGCGACUCUCGUCGAUACCUACUUCGGACAAUCGGCCGUGUCUACGUGUACGCUCUGUGUGACUUUUCUAUACGCGAAUAUCGACAAUCUUGAACUACGACGAGACCCAUCCGAGUUAUUUUUCGCGAAAAAACGCGUGAUUUUAUUGUUGCAGAUGUAUUCGAUUAUUAUAAUUUUUUUUUUUUCUACACGUGACGCGGUGAGGCGGUACAAGUGAAGUUGAUUCAAGUGUUAUUUCUCUUGAUCCGACGAUCCUUAUUGUGGGAUUGAAAAAAUUGAUCUUAUUACGCGAGUGACGGAGACGGUUGUAUCGAAGAUCGUUUUCGUUACGGAAUACGGAAUUACCGGAAGGUGCGGUAUGAGAAGCGACCAAGUGCUUCGAGCAGAAGUUGUAUAAUCGAUUUUUAUUGGUUUUUUUUUUUUCCUUCUUUUUUUUACAAUUCUUUUACUUCCAACGACGUUACGGAACAAAUCCGCAGCUGAAUCAUAACAGCAGCGACUGACGCGUGUAAAACAAGAGUGUGUUUUGUUUCUGUAUAUGAUACAAGGGGCUCGUACUGUAGCCUGUGUGUUGCACGCGUCGUACAAGGGAGAGUUGAGAAGAAGAAGAAAAAAAAAAGAGGAGCUAAAGAGGGAGGAAAAAAAGGCGACAAAGUGCGCGGUAAAAAGUGGAAGAGAAGAGGGAAGGUAAUUCGGUGCGGUCGGUGGAUUAAAAGUGUAGAAGUGUGGAUACCUUGGACUGCCCCCCGCCCCCGGCGCUGCCCCCGCGGCGCCCCCCCUGGCCCCCCAACAACCUAAGUGCCGCGACCCUAAGGAGCCUCAGUUUGGCGGGAAAUAGUCUAGCAACCGGUAACGCGCGCUCUUCCAGCUCCAGUUCGACGUCCAGUUCCGGUUCCUGCAGUUCGAGUCAUUCCUCGAGCGAGCAACCCUUGCUCAUUCAACAACACAGGAAGACCUCGUCGGCCCCCAAUAACCAAUUUCUGCACCAGCUGACACCGCCCAAGUAUCCAGCGCCGCCGCGACCCCCCAGUCGAAACGGUGGGGAUGAAGGGCGCGUCGCGAGGACGGGAAGCGGCCGCUUCGGAGCCUCGCCGAGGGGGGGGCCGCAGCAACGAGUCGGUUCUGGGGCAGGACGAGCAGUGCGAACGAGCUGCAGCGGCGACGAGACGACGAGCAUCGCCGGAAACCCGGUACUGCGUUACAAUCCCGGAUCAGCCCCGGCAUCGGUGUUUGAAAAUCGCGGCACGUCGAGCGAUUUGCAAUGGAGUAGAAACGGCGGGGCGUCUGGAUCACCGGGAAGGAGUCCAAGAGCGAUCGGACGGCAAUCCGCAUCUUCAUCGCCGGCACCAACAGCGACGCGAAACAGUUACAGGCACCACCCGCCGACGUCGGAUAUCGUCGUACAACCGGAUAUCUGCAGGUGGUCAGAUCGCCUCGAACUGAGAGGCGGCGUCGUCCCGAUGUCACGGCCGCCCUCCUCAUCCUCGUCGUCGUCAUUCUCCUCCUCCGUCGCCCCCGCACCCUCCCCGGCGAUAUCCGCUUCCGCCCUGGCCAGGGUCCACGGCCACGAUCACAACCGGCCCCUCCCUCCCCCCAGAUUGCCCGAAACGGCGACGGGCCCCGCGGGUCAUCAGUCCCUCCAUCAGGCGCCCCUAACCGCGCCGCUCACUCCGCUGUCUUCCUCGUCGCCGCCCUCGUCGCUCACCGCGAUAGGGACUUUAAGGACGAGCUCACGGGCACCCGCGCCUCCGCCUGCGCCGAUUCACGACGCUGUCAGGAUACCGCCAGUCUCCGAUCAGGAUUCGCUUAACCUGCAGAACAGGAACGCGACGCCGACGCCGACGCCGACAUCGAGGAGUCCCGUGCAGGUUGCGAGCGAGGUUACGCUGACGGUGCCGAGGCCCGACGGGGAAAGGGCGGUGAACGAGUACGUAGAGACGCCGUUCAGGCCGACGGGCAACGUCGUGAGCAGCCAAAAGUCAUGCCUGAAAUCGGAGAGGAGGACGAAGCGUCACCUUCACCAUCACCUGCAUCAUCAUCAUCACCUGCACCAUCAUCAUCAUCAGCACGGUCGGAACGCGGCGACGAUACCGGUAACGCCGGCGUCAUCGUCGCCCGGGAAGAAGAAUUCUUCGACGGCCGUAACGAAGCAGCCGGUAUCGUUCACCAAGGAACCGACGAACCCGCCGGGCGCUUUGUCUCAGCAGAUACAGCUUCAGCAGCAGCAGCAAAUACUACAGCAACAGAGGUCCUCCUUGUUUCCGGGGGGCAUAGGCUUCGGGGCUGGAGGUGGAGGCCUAGGAGGCGGCGGAAGCGGGGGUGGAAACGGAGGCGCGAUGAUACCUCUGGACGAGGGACUGUCGAUAAUGUGCGAAUACUGCGGCAGGUGUCGUUGCGAAUCCUGCAGGGAACCACCGCCGUUGCCGAGCCGUUGGCUGUGCGACAACGCUUGUUUUUGCUCCGCCGAAACGGCACUGGACUACGCCUCGUGUCUCUGUUGCGUUAAGGGUUUGUUUUAUCACUGCGGCGACGCCGGUAGCGGCGUUGAAAACGAGGGCGAGGGCGCCGGAAGCUGCGCCGACGAACCUUGCUCGUGCAACGGAUCUAGCCGAUUGGCGCGAUGGACUUGCCUCGGUGCCUUGGCCCUCGCUUUACCUUGUCUGUUGUGCUACUGGCCGUUGAAGGGCUGCGUGGCCGUUUGCGAGGCUUGUUACGCGCGUCACGCGUCUCACGGAUGCAGAUGCGAUCCGUCGGCCGCAGCCGUCGCUGCCGCGAACGCCGCCGCGAACGCCGCGGCCGCCGCCAGGCAUUUGGCACCUUCGAAUUUAAGGGACUCGAGGGAUCCCGAAAAAAGAUUACUCGAUCCUGUCACACCCGAGCUAUGAGAGACACGGCGGCGAGUGUGUUUUUACGCGUUGUUGCAGAGACACGAUAUCGCAGGUAUACGCCGAUGCCGAUCGAACCGACUUGGACGCUCGGAGCUGUGCGCCCAUUCCCCUCCGUUUCACGAACGAUUCGUCAUGUACAUAUUAUAUUAUACUAUAUUAUGUUAUAUUAUAUAUUAUGUAUCACAGGUCAAUAUAUAUAUAUAUAUAUAUAUAUAUUACUGUAUUAAUUGUAAAUCGUUGUGUGUUACACAAAACUCACCGUUGCAUAUAACUUACUGCACGGACGGACACGCGCCGGUUUUUUCCUCAUUUUGUGUAUACAAAUACACACUCCCAUCCUUCGUACACACAGUCAUACGGCACGUUAUCCAACGCGCAGAGAGGGAGAGGAUGAGACUCGUUUGGAUGGGUGGUUUGGAGAAAUGAAAUGUUAAACAUUCUCUAUGUUCAAUGAAGGGCGUGAGAGAGAGAGACUAAUAUGAUAUAUACAAUUAUUAUAAAAUAAAGAAAUAAGCUGUGUGCGAGGUGGUUUUCGGUAUAUGUGUGUAGGGAGAGAGAAAGAGAGAGAGAGAGAGAGAGAGAUUCGUGGUGGCAUAACGAUAUGAAAAAUCGAAACUGGAUAAAAGCAAAGAGAAGUAAAUGAUAGAGAAGAAUGAAAAAAAAAAACAACAAAGAAUGAGAACUGAUUCAAAUCAGUAGAAGUGUAGUAAACAAGUGUAUUGGUUGCGUUUAGUACAACAGUUGCAUUUAAGGUGAAAAUUUGAUAAAAAAGUUAAGAAAUCUAAAGUUAAGAACGAAGAAAUAAUAAUAAUAACAACAACAAAUAUAAUAAUAGUAAUAAUAAUAAUAAUAAUAAUAAUAAAAGACGAGAGUGUCCUGCAUCCAGGGCACGGAACGAGUCGAUCCUAUGUAUAAACUUGUAAUUUCGGAUAGCUUCGUGUUUAUUUAUUAUUCUCUUUUAAUAUACCAUGCAGACAUAUAAUAUAUAUAUGUAUAUAUGACUGCAUGGUAUAUAUAUAUGUGUGUGUGUGUGUAUGUAUGUACGCAUGCAUGUGCAUAUACUUGUACGUAUAUAAAAUUCAUGACGGUGUACACAAAAUACAUACAGAUUUUAACCUACACGCACACGUGUGUCUAUAUGUUAUAAUACGAUUACAGAAUACAUGCACAUAAGCCGGGCGCCGAACUAAGGUACAUCGUCCGCAUUAUACCUAUAGAUAUAUUAUAGGUGUGAAUAAUUUACACCGUGUAAAAAAUUCAAUUUCCUUAGCUAUACGUAUAUACUAUAGGUAUUUAGUUAUACCUGUAAUUAUGUGCGAUAAGUAAUCUGUAACGAUUUUCUGUCCAAAGUUCAAUAAGCUAUCUAUCAUUAUACGAUUGAAUUUGAACUUUUAAAUUCUUCUUUUUCUUUUUUUUUAAAGAUUUUUAUUUUUUGCGCCAAAAAUCGAAAUUUUUUACCAUUUUGACUCUCACCUUAAUUCUCGCGCGUACAAAUCCUUCCUGUUUACGUAUUUCUCACAUCGUACGUAGUAUAAAACGUUGAGCUAACGUUGUAAUUACAAUUUCGGCGCACGGUUAUGCGUAGGUGUACGUGUCACAAAUAUAUGUAUAAAUAUUAUUAUUACUAUUACUGUCAUUACUAUUAUUAUUACUAUUGUCAUUAACUACUACUACUACUAUUAUUACUGUUAUUACUAUUAUUAUUAUUAUUAUUAUUAUUAUUAUCACUAUUAUUAUAUAGUAAAAGAAAACUAAAAUAUAUUGUAUAUUACAUGUGUAUAAAGCAACAAAAAAAAAAACCUUUUUUUACGUUUAAUUUAUUUGUGGGCGUAUAUAUAUAGAGCAAGCGUAAAAGUAUAGUAUGUAGUAUGUAUAAUAGGAAGUUUGAGAGGUAGGGAGAGCGCAAGAGAGAGAUUAGAAAGGAAACUAAAUGAAAACCCGAAAACGUUGGCAUAAAAAAAACGUGUGAAGAUAAAAAUUAAAAAAAAAUAUAUAUAUAUAAUAUAUAUAUAGCGGAGCGAUGGAAGCAAAUAUAAAUAACCAAACGAGUAAAUAGAAGAAACUGAGAGUAGCGUGAAAAGGAAACAACACUUUGAAAUUAAGUGACAAACAAAUCGAUGAAUUGAAUUGGAAAGAUGAAGAAGAAAAAGUAUAUUCCAUUCUGUAUACGUAUACACUCGCAGCGACGAAACCGAUAAAAAAUGGCUGGAGAGCUGCGACGUGAUCAAGCUUUCCUCGUUUCAUUUCUGCGAUUUUAAAAUUUGAAAAAAAUACCCUACAGGUGUAGAUAAAAUUUUAAAUUACGUCUCGAGAGAAGUUUGAAAAAUCAGCCAUCAAUUAUUCAAAUCUGAUUAUUAUGAUUGUGGUAUCUUUUUGCUUUAUGUUUUUGUUUUUCUCGUUAUCUUUUUUCGGCGUUUCCUAAUGUAUUCUCGUUGCAAUGACGUAUCUGCGACGCCGGUAAAUAUGGAACUGGAAAGUUUAACCGAUUAUCUAACUUCUUCGUCGACGGCGUUGUCCUCGGAUCCGUACGCCGUGCAGCCCCCCCUCUUCCCGAAUUCAUGUCUAUGAUCAGAUUUCAAAUGCUGGAUUAAGGUGCAUUUUUGUUCGAACUCAUUGUUGAUCGAUAAAGAUGAUGAUGAUGAUGAUGAUGAUAGUUAUAAUAAUGGUGAUACGACCGCACGAAAAGGACGACGAUAUCACAUUUACGGUUGUUAUAAAAUAUACACGUAAUGUAUCCUAGUCUUGAGAAUAAUACAAGGAACGAGAUACACGGGUAUUGUUCUGAUUUAAAUAUUCGAUAUUGCAGUGCGUUUGUAAAAGUAUGUUUCUUUUUUUUUUUCAUCCUAUCGUUGUCAAAUGAAUUUUGCAUUGUUUUUGGAGGAUUGCAAGUGCAGAAGGACCCAAUCCAAUGAAAGAAUGGGAAAAACUGUUCGUAAAGAAAGAAAAAACAAAGAUAGAACGAAAGAAAAAAAAAAAAUAGAGACGGAGAGAGAGAAAGAGAGAGAGAGAGAGAUGGCGUUUUUUAUUUUAAUAAUUUUUUUCCAGUAUUAUCUAGUCUCGCGAAAGUUUCGGGAACGCGAAAGGAACGAAUACAGUUGGUGUUCUUUUUUCCUUUUAUCAUAUUUACAUGUAUAAUUGUAUAUGCAACGAACAUUUCACACGCUAAAACGUUUCGCGAAUAUACAUAAAUAUAUAUUAUAGUAGUAGUAGACGUAGGUGCAAGUGUCGAAAAUCCAUUUCAAUUAUCUGACGUGUAUUACGGUACUGUCUACGCAUCGGGAGAGAUGGAAGACGAAGAGUGGUUCCUAAUUUAAAUUUGAGAAAAUUUUGCCAACGGUAAAAAGAAAAGAAAAAAACGAAAGCAAAAUAUACUUUCGCCAUGUAUACUUGUCGUUGAUCACGUAUACAGAUAUCGUAUCGAUAUUGUAGAGAAUUGGAAAGGAUUUAGAUUAUUUUCAUCUUAUAGUUUAGAUCUACAAUGUGUGUUGUGUGCAAGAAACGAAAGUAUACGUACAUACAUGUGAAUUUUUUGUAAAAUUUCACUUUCACGUGCAAUUGUAAUCACGCAAAGUCACGAGGCACUCUUUUCACGAUACCUGUUUGAAAUUUAAUCGAAGUACUACACAUACUCAAAUUCGACAUUAUUAAUUGUAAAACGAAUGGAUAAUUUGAAAAAACUUGUACAGCAAUGGUAAUAAUGAUAACAAUGCUGAAGAAACAACGGUGUUCUUACAAUGAACCGAAAGUGAAAUCAUACUCCACGCGCAGGUCAAGUCGAUUGAUGUAUACUCCUAGAAGUAAAUAAUACUGGAAAUACAUAGGUCGUCAUAUAUAUAUAUAUAUAUAUAUAUAUAUAUAUAUUGGUAGAUAGUAUCCAAUGAAUGAAACAAAUUUAUAAAGGUUCGAUAUUUCUAGGUCGUUUCUUUUUUAUUUUUCUUAUCCCGAGAAUACAUCGUUACUGCACCUUUGCCUGACUCUCAUUAAAUUUUCAAACAAAUCUUCCGUCUACCUUUACGAUUUUUUGAAGAUUAAUCGGACAUUUUUAUUUCCCCCUUUAGUCAUAAAAUUCUAUUCCCUAACCGUCUUAGUCUCUCCCUCGCCUUGGCUCCUUGCACAGAUAACAACAAGACAUCGUUUUCGAAUGCUGGUCAAUAAAUGGACAGUAAAUAACACAUGCAUAAUAUGAUAUGACAUACGUAAUCGCAGUGGAGAAUUAACGAAACUAGAAGAGGGACUCGCCUGUGCCGAAUAGCGUGCAUGCGAUUUGCUCUUCUCUCUUUCACUUCGCUUAUUGUUGUUGUUAUUCUUAUUAUUAUUCUUAUUAUUAUUAUUAUUAAACUAUAAAAUCUCGAUCAUUGAACAUUAUAUGCGUUGUUUCUCUGUACCUCGUUGACUUGUAAAAAGAAUCGAUUUUUUUUUUUUUUUUGUCGAUACGUCUCACGCGCACGCCAGUGAGACAUUAUUACUGCACAUAUGUGUAUGUAUAUGUAUAUGUAUAUCUUCCUCGUGUAUCGCCUUGCGAAAAAGCGUCGUGUAUUUACUAUUUUUGAAUAGGCAGAAAC